AUGGCGCAGCUCUGGAGGAUAUGGGAGGUGAGUUAUCGACCGUUCAAGGAGGUUGGUAGCGACACGUUUAUCCUCGCCACCCCAGGCGGGAACCUGGCCUGGACCUGCGACCCGCGUGUUUUCGAGCAAGUGGGCAGCAAGCAUGGGAAAUUUCAGACGCCAACUGAUAUGACCAAUUUCUUCGAUGUGUACGGGCCCUCGCUAGGCUCGACGGAAGCUGAAGAGUGGAGGGCACACCGAAAGGUGCUUGCCACUGGGUUCAACCCUGCGAUCGAGACGACAGUAUGGGAAGAAACGCAGUUUCAAACAGACACCCUCUUGUCUGUUUGGAUGAGAGAUGGAUCUGUCGUCCCAUCGGUGAAACAGUGGACUUCCCGCUUGGCACUACAUGUCAUCACGAGCGGCUUCUUUCACAAACGAUUGACCUGGGAUGAAUAUGAUGAAGGGUCAAAAGUUGUACCACUGGGUCAUCAACUUACUUUCCAGGAGGCCUUGUCUGGCGUGGUUGACCGGCUAGCGACCAUCGCAACUACUCCACGAGCAUUGCUUGGGAAAAUUCCGCUCAAGUUCUUUCGAAAACCAUAUGUAGCCUUCACAGACUUCACAAAGUAUAUGGAAGAGCUUCGUGACGUUGCCGUUGCCAGAUUAGAAGAAACAAAGUCCCAGAAAAAGAGGAGCAUUCUUGGUGAGCUUACAGCAGAAGCUGAAAAGUCUAUUGUGCUUGCUGGUACGCCAGGAAUAUUAGAGCCUGGGGAGGUCCCGCUUUCGCGAGAAGGCGUUUUUGGUGACAUGUUCUUCACACUGCUAGCUGGACAUGAAUCCACGGGAAAUGUCAUGGCUUUCAUGGUAUAUCUGAUGGCAAUUUAUCCAGAAUACCAGCAGGAAUUGCACAAGGCGCUCGACGAGCAACUAGGCAAUCGGCCCAGACAGGAAUGGACUGUCACGCAGGAUUACAACGCCCUUCAGAAAGGCAUCCUUGGGGCCGUUCAGAAAGAGACUCUCCGGCUGUAUCACCCUGCUCAGUGGAAUUUCCGAAGAGCGAUGAUUGAUAUCCCUGUGGAGGACUCCCAGAGUCGUACUCAUGUGAUUCCUGCAAACACCAUUGUCAUGGUCAAUUUCGCGGCGACAUAUCAUGACCCCACCAAAUGGACUCAGCGUGAUAUACCCACAGCCAGGAAGAAAGAAUUACACGACUCGCCGGCUCUAUACUUUGACCCUCACAGAUGGCUGAGGCAUGAAGGGCCGGAGACUCAGAUACCCCCUUUUGGGGUCGGACCAAGGUCAUGCAUUGGAAAGGCGUUUGCGCAGGUUGAAAUGGUUGCAUUUAUUGCAACGGUUUUCAAAAAGUAUUCGGUUGAGUUGUUAGUUCCUGACGAGACCUUACAAGCUUGCAAGGGCGAUGUAAAGCUUGCAUGGGAUAAGACAAGAGAUGAUGCUAUCCGUCAGCUUAGGGAUGAUGUGAAGGCUAACAUCGCGAUCUACCUGUCGAAGGAUCUUCCUAUCACAAUAGCUAAGCGUUGA